GUGAAUGAGUGCAAACUGGGUUGCACGACUAACCAGCAGAUGUAGCUGCUGGUCCAGUUGCAGCUUCUACCCCAGAGAGGAAAGUGAAGCUGUAGAAUCCCAUAGGGGGAGGCGUGCGGGAUGCGCUUGGCUCGACUCGGCUCGGCUCGGCUCCGGCGCAUCAUCCGGCACUUUCGCUUUCUGCUCAGUUACGUGAAACCUGCGCGCUUCUACGCUGAGAUGAUCCCUCACGCCGGGCUGCUUUUGCACUUAAGCCAGUAAACACAGCGCCCGUCCCCAGGGCUCCGGAGGAAGCGUCCCGUUUACUGGCUUUUUCUUUGUGGGCGGUCUUUGAUAUUUUUUAACAAAUCAAACAUCCUUUGUGGAACUUUCAUGGGGCAGAACUGUAGCCGCAGAGCAGUUUUUGCCCGUCGGCACCCGAACCUUUAGCUGGAGCGGCCGGACACCGUGGGCGGGGUCCGAACUGCGAAGCCAGCGGUCGGAAUCCACCGCUACAUCGCCUCCCGGCGGGAGGUAGGGAAAGGACGGGCGCGGUGAAUGGCUGCCUGGAUCGCAGCGGAGCGCGUCCGGCGGGGAUCGAGCCGCCGGUUCCCGGUGUGAAGUCGCCGGGAUUCGGCAGUGAGGCAUUGGGCUAUUCGAGCGUAGAUCGCCGCUGUGGUUUUAUUGCGGGGCUGCCGAGAAGCUCAGCCUCGUCAUGAGCGGAGGAGAGAUCGUCUGCCAAGGCUGGCUGAGGAAGUCACCGCCGGAGAAGAAACUCCGCAGAUACGCCUGGAAGAAGCGCUGGUUCGUCCUGCGCAGCGGCCGCAUGAGCGGCGACCUGAAUGCCCUGGAGUAUUACAAGAACGACCACUCGAAGAAGCCCAUCCGCGUCAUCGACCUGGACUGCUGCGAGCAGGUGGACGCCGGGCUCACCUUCAAGCGCAAGGACUUCCAGGACAGCUUCGUCUUCGACAUCAGGACCUCGGACCGCACCUUCUACCUGGUGGCUGAGUCUGAGGAGGAGAUGAACAAGUGGGUUAAGGCCAUCUGCCAGCUCUGUGGCUUCAACCAAGCCGAGGAGAACUAUGACGGCGGCAGGACCGUGACCGGCGCAUCCCACACGCCGCGUUCGCUGGCCGCUGAACUAGGCGCCCCGUUCAGCUCUCUGAUUGGUGACCGCAAGUCCACGCUGGCCGCUCACUCCAGCCAGCCUGUCCUCUUCACCUUUGACAUCCCCGCACUGCACGUCCAGGGCCCCCUGUCCAACAGUGUCCCUCAGGACUACCUGUUCCUGCACCAGUGCAUGAGCAGGAAGUCUGAGAGCGCUCGGAGUGCCAGCUUCUCCCAGGCCACACGGAGCAGCCUCCUAUCGGGCAGUGACUCUCCGUCACAGAGGGUCUCUCGUGGUUUCCCCCACUGCCUGAAUGGCACCGGCGGCCAGACUCACGGCUUUUACAGCCUGCCUAAACCGGGCCGCCACCCCAGCCGGGCCUCGACGACGCAGCCUGAGAGCCCGCGGGACUCCUGCUGCGACAUGGCCAAAGGCCCCAGCUGGGACUGGGGGGGCUCGGAGGUGUACACCUUUAAGACUCCCAACAACGCGCUGGCCGCAUCUCUCUGUGCUGAUGGGGACCAUCCCCCUGAUAACCGACACCCCCCCACCCCUCCCAGCUCCUUCUACCAGACCCCCCGCACCUUCGACAAGAAUCACAACGCUGUGGCAGCCUCUGAGGGCCCGGCAGCCCCCCCUCCCCGGCCCCCCAAGCCUGGCCAGCGGUCCGAACAGUGCCGGUCCGGCACCGGAGCUCCCGCCGUUGAGGCCUCGACCGUCGGCCCUCGUCGAAACACGCUUCCAGCCGUGGAGAACAUCAGGCUUCACAGAGGCUCCUCCUUCGAGAACAGCGAGCACCCGCAGCGGCAAAUCUACUUUGCCAGCGCCGGUCAGUCGGCCGAGUCCGUCAACGACAUCAUCUGCCCGUACCUGCAGCGGCCUGGGGUGCCCCUCAAGCGCUCCGACAGCAGUGAUUCGGAUGAUAACUACGUGCCCAUGAACCCGGGCUCAGGGGCGUCGCCCUCCUUCGGCGCCCUGCCUGACAGCCCGCAGAACGUCUACAUCCCCAUGAGUCCCGGGCCGCACCACUUCGACUUCCCGAGCUUUUCUGCCACACUACCGGCACGGAAGGGCAGCUCAGCCUCGCUGUGCCAGCGGCCAGGCCGCCUCAGCGACGUCACCCCGCCCCCCAUCAACCGCAACCUCAAGCCUGACAGGAGAGCGCGCCCUGUCCCGCUCGAUCUGCGCGGCAGCAGCAUUAUCGACGAGCUGCCCUUUAAGAGCCCCGUCACCCUGUCCUGGACCCGGCCUGUGCCCGUCGGCAGCACGGUGUGCCGACCCUCAUCCACCCAGAGCGUCACCAGCACCGACUCCGCCGACAGUGAGGAGAACUAUGUGGCGAUGCAGAACCCGACGUCUGCAUCCCCGGCGGCCAGUGGCACCGGCAGUCCAGCCCCCAGGAAGAGCGGCACUGUGGACUACCUGGCUCUGGACUUCCAGGCCGGCUCCCCGAACCCACACAGGAAGCCGUCCACAUCCUCUGUGACCCUGGACGAGAAGGUGGACUACGUACAGGUGGACAAAGAGAAGACGCAGGCCCUCCAGAACACCAUGCAGGAGUGGACGGAUGUCCGGCAGUCCGCCGAGCCCGCAAAGGGCCUGAAGUCCUGACAGGGGCUGUCUGUGAUGGCGUGAAGCGCCGCUGUCCCCUGCGCAUGCCCCCUAUCGGCGGGGGCUCGUAGGACUGAGACUGCCAGUGGCAGCCGGCCGCAUACCCCUCUGCCAUCUGCCCGCCUCGCACCCAGGCUGCACCAGUGAGCUUCACCUGCCUUAUGCAAAUAUAAGGGAUCGUAACCCGAGGUAACGGGCCGUACACCCUGCGUGCCUCCUAAUCUGUAUGUAUGUAUAUCUCUUUAACGGCGCUUAGGUAAUUAGACUACAAAGGGUCUCUUACCCAUCUUCUUCCUCACUCUGGGUUCAGUCUCUCAGUGCACCAAUGUUCAAAGAACCCACAGCUGGUUUACUGAGUAAUCCAUUUCGUUUCAGGAUAUUGUCCAGACUGAGGUUCCCUGUCCAUGUCUAGUUGGAAAACUCAACGUUUGAGUUUCUGGAAGUCUGCGCAAUCAUUUCUGAUUCAUUCACUGUAAAACCCCCCCCCCCCCCAUUCACAUGGUACGCAGGUUCUAAGAUUUCCAGGGAGAUGGUCUCUCUGAGCAGCAGCGUAGGAAGAUACAGGGAUAUUCCUAAACACACACUGGAAGUGUGAAUUGAAAUCACUUCAUCCCCUGCAGGAUGGUCCUGCGAGCCGCUGAAGAUUCCUGUCACACGCUUUCUCUCGGAGCAGCCUCAUUAAGAUCUGCUCGCUCUUAGUUGCAAGGGUCAUCCCGCUGAUAAUUGCAAUCUAAGUGCUGUUUUGGUAUGAAAGGAAGUGACCGUUAUUAACACAUCUGCCCUGGGUCUGCCCUGUAGUGGCCCACCAAUGCCCAGAGCUACUGCAUUUUCCAGAUGCAGCUAACUGAGCCGCGUUUAUCCAUGGCGGGGAGGCGAAAACGCUGCGGACGCAGAACGUCGAGCCUUUUGAGAUGGCGGCCGAACCCGACGGCCUGUGCGGCGAAUAUAAUACCCCAAUACCUGAUACCUGUCCACCGCCCACAUAACCGAGCCUGGCAUUUGUUUACUGAUGGGUAUAUCAGCAAGGUGACGCCACUAGUGCAUCAGGAUUAAUUACCAGCCUUCUAUUCUACCCUUGCCCCCCCCCCAAUUCAUCACACUUAUGGAGCCAUAAAAAUUUGCCCUGAAAAAUAUGGAGGCAUUCUGGGCUGACUGACAGCCUGUCCGUGACCGGGCUGUAUUUAUGGUUUAUUUCUGGCUUCGUAAUCAAGUCUGCCGGUCUGUGGAUGAGAUUCCUAAAAUGUCGAUGAAGCUAGAAGCGGUUCACGUUGACCCUACCUUAACUAGCAUAGGUUACUAUGUUGGUAAACAUGUUGGUAAACAUGUUGAGUGACAGGAUUUAUUAUUGGUCUGGCUCGCUAAUGAAUACAGAAGCUUGUAGGAUCUCAUAUGCACGAUAUCCAAAAUAAAAGGGGAGUUCACAAAUGACCUUCAGGUCCCAGGGGUUCAGUCCGGCCAGCCGCCCGCCUUUCUCCAUGCACCAGCGGGUCAUUUUGUGGAAACGAUCCAAGCUGCAGAUUGUGAAGAGCACGAGGCUGGCAAGCUAAUUCCUCAGCAGAUGUGAAGUGUGCCGUUGUCAGCCGGGUGGAUCUGCUGGGGCGUGCGGAUGUCGAGCGGACAGCCCGCUCGCGACAGACCAUCGCAGUUUGCCCGGGCGGUUUCCGUACGUCUGCCCCGACGGAGAGAGGUCGGGACAAAGCGGCUCGCUCAGGGUGGUCGCGUGUCAGCGGAAUGCGCUGAAUUUUUCCCGACAGGUGACGUUCGCUGAGCUCGCUAACAAGAGGCAGUUGUGUUGAAAGUGGCAUAUAAAGGAAACCCUGCAGUCACCCUGGCAACAGCGUCACGCCGAAUGACACUGCAGAAACGGCCCUGUCCUGCCCUCUCUCCUCAAAGGGAUUCGAUUUCACUUCCGCUACCAUCCAUCCAUCUUCUAACUGCUUAUCUCGGUCAGGAUCGAGCCCGUCCUUUACUUCUAUCCAGAAAAAUAGCCAACCAUGUAACACUUCAUAUUAAUCCACGGUAACACCGCCUUAGUCCAGGUCGGACUGCCAUGUUUUAGCUAAGUGGUUAUACGUUUAACCUUACGAUAAAACGAAGUGACGAGCAUGCUCUUUCCUUCGUUUCCAUGUCUUCUGCACUGAUAUUUAUCCAAAUCAGGUUUUAGUGUGACGUGUAUCAUGUACUACUAAUAAUAUGCGGUUAUAAUAAUAAACUGUUACCUUUUGUAAUUAAAUUACAGGGUGUGAAACCAGACGUUUUAAUUUAUGGUAUGUUACAUUUUUUAAACUGUAUAUGGAGUAUAUCUGUGUAAAGUUCUAGUCUCAGACUGGUGUCAGGAUGAAUGAAAUGUGUAGUAUGUUUACUUUUGUCGUUCUUGGAGAGAAGCCAUUUUCUUUUUUGAUGCCUUAUUACUACGCAAUGUUUUGGUGGUUUCUUGGGUUGGGGUUCGUCUUGCUGUCGUGUAUGCACCACGCCGGCUUGCUAAUCGCCGGCUGUCCUGGAUGAACAGUGCUCCCUGUCUUCCUGAUCUGGUUGCUAAUAUGCUUCACUUGGGUCCCAUCGUUCCCGAGGCAAUGGGUCGCUCAUGAGGGAGGGCUGACGUAAUCCAGUUGAACUGGGUUCUGGUUUUAAUAAUUGAAAUAUGAUAUUCCGUGUCUUUUCUGUGCAGGGGAAAAGCAGAGACCUCUUUUGUUUUCUCCCCCAAAGAAAAUGUGUAUGUGAAGAAUACAAAAUAUAGUGGUGUGUCUGAUAUGUGCCGUCACUGUGCCCUCUGUGGCCCGGUACUGUGUCCGGGGAAACCCUCCGUGGCCCGGUACUGUGUACGGGGAAGCCCUCCGUGGCCCGGUACUGUGUCCGGGGAAGCCCUCCGUGGCCCGGUACUGUGUCCGGGGAAGCCCUCCGUGGCCCGGUACUGUGCCCGGGGACGCCCUCCGUGGCCCGGUACUGUGCCCGGGGACGCCCUCCGUGGCCCGGUACUGUGCCCGGGGACGCCCUCCGUGGCCCGGUACUGUGUCCGGGGACGCCCUCCGUGGCCCGGUACUGUGUUUAGUUCUUUACUAGGCUGUCAUUUCCAGUGGCGUAUGACUUGUUUGUUACUGCUCUGCAGCAUUCCUAUCCUUUUGUGAAAAGCUAGUGAUUAAUUUAUGCAUUUCUGUAUGUUGCCAUUAUUAAAAUGGGAGUGACGAGUUCAGGUCUGCUAACGUCGCUCAAUGUGCUGUGUCUUGGUUUGUGGUGCGUUUGUAGCCGGGGAUGUCUGGGCUGAUAGCGAGACUCCUUGUUCCUGUACUAUCUGAGAAAAUAAACAAUGCACUAUACAUA